CGGUGCCCGGCGGAGGAAGAUGGCGCCGUGAGCGGGUCGGAGCCGCCGCCGCCGCCGGCCGCUCGAGGGACAGCAUGGCUGCCACUGCCGCCGUCAGCCCCAGUGAAUACCUGCAGCCCGCCGCCUCCGCCGCCCAGGACUCGCAGCCCUCUCCCCUGGCGCUGCUGGCAGCCACAUGCAGCAAGAUCGGUCCCCCGGCCGUGGAAGCCGCCGCGGCGCCGCCGGCGCCGGCCCAGCCCGCCCCUCGCAAACUGGUGCCCAUCAAACCCGCCCCGCUGCCCCUGGGCUCGGCCAAGGGCAGCAUCGGCAUCCUGUCCUCCAAGGGGAACCUCUUCCAGAUCCAGGGCUCCCAGGUGGGCGCCUCCUACGCCGGGGGGCAGCUGGUUUUCGCCAUCCAGAACGCGGCCGUGCUCAAUAAAGGCUCGCGUUCCUCCUCCUCCUCCUCCUCGUCCUCCUCCUCCUCCUCCUCCUCCUCUUCCUCCUCCAACAUCCAGUACCAGGCGGUGCCGCAGCUGCAGCCUGGCGGGGCUCAGACCAUCCAGGUGCAGCCUAACCAGAUCCAGAUCAUCCCGGGCACCAGCCAGGCCAUCCUCGCGCCCUCCUCUUCCUCGCACAAACCCGUGCCCAUCAAACCGGCCCCGGCGCAGAAAGCGGCGCCGGCGGCGGGCGGCGUGGUCAAACUGCCCGCGGGCGGCAACGUCACCUUGACCCUGCCCGUCAACAACCUGGUGAGCCCCGAGGCGGGCGGGCAGGCCCAGCUGCUCACGGACAGCCCUUCCAAACCUGGCAAGAAACCUCGGAAAAAGGCCACGUCCCCAGCCCAGCCCGCCGCCGUGGCCGUGGCCGAGCAGGUGGAGACGGUGCUGAUCGAGACCACGGCGGAGAACAUCAUCCAGGCCGGCAACAACCUGCUGAUCGUGCAGAGCCCCGGCUCGGGGCAGCCGGCCGUGGUGCAGCAGGUGCAGGUGGUGCAGCCCAAGCAGGAGCAGCAGGUGGUGCAGAUCCCGCAGCAGGCGCUGCGCGUGGUGCAGGCGGCCUCGGCCACGCUGCCCACCGUGCCCCAGAAAUCCUCCCAGAACUUCCAGAUCCAGGCGGCCGAGCCCACCCCCACCCAGGUCUACUUCAAGACCCCCUCCGGCGAGCUGCAGACCGUGGUGCUCCACGAGGCCUCGUCCAUCCCCAUGGUGCCGCCGUCGGGGACGUCGUGCGGCAGCCCCGUGCCGCGCAGCCCCGGGGCCGGCCCCGGCCGCAAGCCGGCCCCGCGCAAGGAGCGGCCGCUGCCCAAGAUCGCCCCGGCCGGGGGCAUCCUGAGCCUGAGCGCGGCGCAGCUGGCAGCGGCUGCCCAGGCCAUGCAGACCAUCAGCAUCAACGGCGUGCAGGUGCAGGGCGUCCCUGUCACCAUCACCAACAGCGGAGGCCAGCAGCAGCUGACGGUGCAGAACGUGUCCGGCAACAACGUGACCAUCAGCGGGCUGAGCCCCACCCAGAUCCAGCUGCAGAUGGAGCAGGCGUUAUCCGGGGACAUCCAGCCGGGCGAGAAGAGGAGGAGGAUGGCCUGCACCUGCCCCAACUGCAAGGACGGCGACAAGCGGCCGGGCGAUCCCGGGAAGAAGAAGCACAUCUGCCACAUCCCCGAGUGCGGGCGGACGUUCCGCAAGACGUCGCUGCUGCGGGCGCACGUGCGGCUGCACACGGGCGAGCGGCCCUUCGUGUGCAACUGGGUGUUCUGCGGCAAGCGCUUCACGCGCUCCGACGAGCUGCAGCGGCACGCGCGCACCCACACAGGUGACAAACGCUUCGAGUGCGCGCAGUGCCAGAAACGCUUCAUGCGCUCCGACCACCUGACCAAGCACUACAAAACCCACCUGGUCACCAAGAACUUGUAGGCUCUGCCAGAGCCCCCACCCCAAAAACGCCGAGCCCCGGAUCCGGGGCCGGCCGCAGCGCUCCGGGGAGGGACCCCCGGGGACGGCCCCGGCCCCCGACCGCGCUGAGCACCCCGAAAAUCGGGCUGGGGGGCGGUGUCCCUGGGAGCCCGCAGGUUUGGGGGUGACCCAGAGCCCCCCCAGACCCCACAGGCUCAGGGGGUGCCCCAGAGCCUUCCCUGUGACCCAGAGCCCCCCCUGUGACCCCACAGAUUUAGGGGGUGCCCCAAAGCCUUCCCUGUGACCCCACAGGCUCAGGGGGUGCCCCAGAGCCUUCCCUGUGACCCAGAGCCCCCCCUGUGACCCCACAGAUUUAGGGGGUGCCCCAAAGCCUUCCCUGUGACCCAGAGCCCCCCCCAGACCCCACAGGCUCAGGGGGUGACCCAGA